CGGCCCGAGUUGCACCCUAAAUCAAUCUAAAGACAUAGGGCAAAAUCCCUGCUCUGCUCUUCAUAUAAGAUAGCGGAGAUGGACUCUUCCACAAUAAGCAGUCGCGGCGGAAGGUGAAGGAGGAGCCGAGCAAGCAGAGGCAGCGAUGGGUAUCGAUCUGGUCGCCGGUGGCAAGAGCAAGAAGACCAAGCGUACCGCCCCAAAAUCAAAUGAUAUUUACCUCAAGCUUCUCGUCAAGCUGUAUCGAUUUCUGGUGCGGAGGACUGGAAGCAGGUUCAAUGCGGUGAUAUUGAAGAGGCUGUUCAUGAGUAAGGUGAACAAGCCUCCGUUGUCUCUCUCUAGAUUGAUUCGCUACAUGGAAGGAAAGGAUGAUAAGAUAGCUGUGCUUGUGGGAACAAUUACUGACGAUACUAGGGUUUAUGAGGUCCCGGCACUGAAGGUGGCUGCUCUGAGGUUCACGGAAAGGGCGAGGGCUAGGAUUUUGAAGGCCGGUGGAGAGUGCUUGACUUUCGACCAGCUUGCUUUAAGGGCUCCUCUUGGGCAAAAAACGGUUCUCCUAAGGGGUCCUAAGAAUGCUCGUGAAGCUGUGAAACACUUCGGCAAGGCUCCUGGUGUGCCACACAGUCACACCAAACCCUAUGUGCGAUCAAAGGGAAGGAAGUUUGAACGGGCUAGGGGAAGAAGGAACAGCAGGGGAUUUAGAGUUUGAGUCGUUUGUCAUGCUUUUUUUUCCUGAAAGAAAGACUUGCAGAGCGAGCCAUAGUGUUAUGGUUAAAUUUUUUCUGAGUCAUGUAGGAAUAUGUGAGGGUGUUUCUGUUUCCUUUUUUCUUAUGGGAUCUUGUUAACGGUACAUCAAUUUAGAAGUUUCUUCUCCC